AUGAAUGAAAGAGAAUCUCGAACGUCUCAUCGGGCAUUUUCUUCUAAUCCUACUUCAGCUCCUUAGAAUGCUUAUGCUUCAGCCCUCAAAGCUUUGUAAGAGAAAUUAAAGGGAGUAGAAGGCUUAAGGAAAUCCGUAGAAAACCCUUCGGAUAAUUUAAUUGAGCAACUGAGGAGGCAGGUAAAUGAUCUGUAAAACGAAAAUGAAAGAUUGUAAUACUUGUUGAUGAAGACUAAUCAGGAGAGUUAGAUGAAUUUUGUAGCAUCGCAAUAAAUCGAAGUUUUGCAAGCAGAAAGAUUACAGCAUCUCAAAGACUAUUAAGAUAGAGUUAGUGAUUUAAUUAGGAAAAACGAGGAAUUGAAGCACGAAAAGCACGAAAUUCAAAUGGCGCAUGACAGUUUACAAAGAUAAUUGCAAGCACAUAAAUCUAAUGAAAAAGGGUUCCUCCAUAAAGUGGAACUUAAGAAAUUUGAAGAGAAUGCUGCUCUUUUAACUAAUGUUUAAGAUCUGAAAAUAAAACUUGAUCUGAAAGAUUAACAAAUAAAAAAAUAAGAAAAGAAAAUAGAAUUCUUGGAAAUUGAGAAAGAGUAGGUCCUCCAAGAUUUUAGUAAUUACAAAACAAAAUAUCCUCCCAUGAAAAUGCAUGACUUCGAAAAACAAAUUCAUGCCUUAAAAGUUUAGUUGGAUGAGAAAGACAAGCAAUACUCUAGGAACAUCGAUGACAUCGAAAGCAAUAAGAGUGUAAGAGAGGAACAAAUGAGUCGAAGAAUCUAGGAUUUGAUUGGCAAAUGCAACGAGUACCAAUAAAUCGUUGAAUAAGUCACUCAGGAUUAUAAGGAUUUGAGUCUCAAAUAUCAGCAAGUCAAGAUUAAAUUGGAUUAUGAGGAGAGAUAGCACAGGUACAUUAGCAGGAAGCUUAGUUAAGGGGAAACUGAACUUAAAUAGGGGUACAAGGAACAGAAAACUGUUACUAAAUUGAAUAUCGAUUAGAUGUCACCUCCAUUGACCAGUCCAAGAAUUGAAAGCAGUUUGAGACAAAGCUAAUUGAAACAAGCAAUAAGAGAAUGUUUGGAAGACAUGAAAACUACUUAAAAUUUCAAUUUUUGUAGUCCUGAUAGAAAAUCUGAAAACAGAAAAUAACCUCUGCUCUCUCCCUUGUCAACUACUCGUCAAUUUGAAAUCGAAACCAAACUCAAAGGACUUAAUGAGAAAUACGAGAAUCUAAUUAGGUAAGCUUAGAAAGAAAAUGAUUUGAAUUGUAAAGCUGUAAUAAGGAAGUAGUUGCUUGAAAUUGCAGAAUAAAUUAAAGAAACUACUAAAUUUGAGAAAACAUGA